ACUGUGGACCCUCCACCUCCUCCUCAGACAGAGUGCAGCCUCCUAAGAGUAGCUCUUCUCCUCUCGUUCCUGCAGGUCUCCAGAAGCCUCUUGCUUCCCCUCUGCUGGGCGUCAGAACUCGCUGGUAAAGGCAGGGGUUGCAGGUGUCUGGAGCUGGUGUUCCAACAAAGCCUGGCAAGCAGUGGAGCAGCCAUGGGGCUGCUGGUUGGAGAUAACCUGUGGCCCGUGGUCAUAUUCACGGCCAUCUUCCUGCUUCUGCUGGACCUGAUGCACCGGCGCAAGUUCUGGACUGCCCGCUACCCACCAGGUCCUGUGCCACUCCCUGGGCUGGGCAACCUGUUGCAAGUGGACUAUGAGAACAUGCCAUACAGCUUCUACAAGCUUCGACAGCGCUAUGGUGACGUGUUCAGCCUGCAGAUGGCCUGGAAGCCUGUCAUUGUGAUCAAUGGCCUGAAGGCCGUGCGGGAACUGCUGGUGACCUGUGGCGACGACACUGCUGACCGCCCUGAAAUGCCCAUUUAUAAUCACCUAGGCUAUGGGCACAAGUCAAAAGGCAAAGAGCUGUAGUGCGGACAAGGCAGAGAGAGGAUCGGGUUGAGGAGCAGUGAGCAGAAGAUGGGCAGGGUCUAAUGGAGGUGACGUGGUUGGGCAGUGC